AUAUACAGCUGGAACGGAGUAGAGUGGAGGGGGGACUGCGACUGCGACUGCCAUGUCGUCUCUUUGGGGGAAAUAGGAAAAGGAAUUUAGUUUGGCGCGUCGCCUCUGCUGCAUUAGUGUUAGUGUGUUCGGUAUAUUGUGUGUUUUGUUGUGCCAAUUUGUGUUGUGUCCUGUGGAUUUUAGAUGGCCCUACGAAGGAUAGAGUGGGAAACAGUGUUCGUGACUGGAGGAGCAGGCUACAUCGGCAGCCACUGUAUUGUGGAGCUGCUAAAUGCUGGUUAUAAAGUUAUUGCCAUUGACAACUUUACAAACUGUGUAAAUGGCAAUGGCGAGGCUCCCAGCCUUAAGAGAGUGGAGAAGAUCACUGGCAAGAAGGUGACAUUUUACCAGUGCGAUCUCCUUGAUCGUCCAAAACUAGCGGAAAUAUUUGAUAAUCACAAGAUAGACUGUGUGAUACAUUUUGCUGCGAUGAAGGCUGUUGGAGAGUCCAUGCAACUUCCUCUUCUCUAUUACAAGAACAAUCUGGUUGGAACAAUCAACUUGUUAGAGGUUAUGGAAGAGCACAACUGUUGCAACUUGGUGUUCUCAAGCUCCUGCACUGUCUAUGGUAACCCUGAGUCUCUGCCCAUUACAGAAACCCAUCCCACCGGCAACGUCACUAAUGUCUAUGGUCGCACCAAGUACUUCAUUGAAGAGAUGCUGAAGGAUAUCAUAAAGGCUGAUGGACAUAAAUGGAGGAUCAUCUCACUAAGGUACUUCAACCCAGUUGGGGCCCAUCAGUCUGGUCUGAUAGGGGAAGACCCCACCAAAGCCUUCACCAACCUGAUGCCUUAUAUGGCACAAGUGGCCAUCGGCAAGAAACCCUACCUAACGAUCUUUGGUGAUGACUAUGAUACUAUUGAUGGAACAGGUGUGAGAGACUAUGUCCAUGUAAUGGACCUUGCGUCCGGUCAUGUUGCUGCUGUUCAAAAACUAGAAGCAGAUAACCAUAUCGGGUUGCAGAUGUACAACCUCGGUACGGGCCGCGGCGUGACAGUCCUGGAACUCUUGAAGAUGUUUGAAGACGUCACUGGAACCAAAGUGGCGUACAAGGUGGAGGACAGACGUGAAGGUGAUAUUGUCUCCAUGUUUGCCAACUCGGACAAGGCUUGCUUAGAGCUUGGCUGGAAGGCCAAGUAUAAUCUUCGGCAGAUGUGUGAGGACUUCUGGAGGUGGCAAACUAUGAAUCCCAACGGCUACAGGAUAGAGUCAGAGUCCAAGUGUAAUGGGUCAACUUCGAGCAAUGGUAUUGAGAAUAAAGCAAGUAUGAGCAAUGGGAUAGAGACCAACGGUCACUGACAUUGCUGCUAAACAGGAAGACUACACAAAAACUGUUUUCACAAUAGAAUUGAAUGGACACUUUAAGUUUAAGUAAAAUUUUGUUUUAUGAAAUAUUUAAGAGGUGUAUAAAAAGAAAAAUAUUUAUGAAUUACACUAAGUCUUUUAAAGUAA